CCCAAUUUCGGCGAUCCUAUAAGACAGCGAUUUCAGUGUUGUUGUGAGUCUCCAAACAGAACCUUAAAACUCUGUCCCUCCAAGGACUCCUUCCCCUCACCCACUCUUUUUUCUUCCCAAUUUCCUCAAACCUUUUAAACCCAACUAGGAGUCUCUCUCUCAAACCCACCCAGGAAUCCAGAGAUUUUCACUGAUUUCUUUACCUUAUAAUCCUCGAUGCAGAUAUAGCAACACCCUUCCUUUUAAAUCCCAUGCUCUUCCUGCAACUCUUGCAGAACCACCUCUUUCUUUUCACCCGUUGAUGCACUUUUCUCAUGAAAAGCCCCCCUCUCUCUCUUCUUUCUCUCUCUUGUUUUAGCCUUUGAAAUCCCAUCUUUUGAGGUUUUCUUGUUUCUUUUCAUUUGUCAGACUGAUUCUCUCUGUGUUUUUGAAGCUUCUGCUUGAAGCGUUGCGGUCUGUUUGCCUCCUCCUCAAAGCAGUCCCCCUUUUCCUGUUGUAUGUUAAAGAUCAAAUCUCCGCGUGUCUGUAUCAAUGGAGAUGUUGUGUCCAGUCAAAUACACCGAGCACAAGAAAAUCACCAAGAAACUCAUCAAACCCUCCAAACACAGCCUUAAGAAGCAAUCCAAGAAUAAUCAGAAUUUCAUUGCCCCAAGAACUGUUAGAAUCUCCGUUACCGACCCUGACGCCACGGAUUCCUCCAGCGAUGACGACGACGAGCUCUUUCCAAGACAACGUGUCAAGAAAUACAUCAGCGAGAUCAGAAUGGAAACAACGACUGAUUCCAUCAAUGGCGCCAAUGGCAGGACCAGAACUGUAGAGACUCUCCAGGCUAAGCCCAAGCCCAUGAAGGUGAAGGAGGCGCCGGCUCCGGCCGCCUCACAGGGCGGCUCUCGGAAGUUCCGUGGCGUGCGGCAGCGGCCCUGGGGUAAAUGGGCUGCAGAAAUCAGAGACCCUUCGAGAAGGGUCAGGCUCUGGUUGGGUACUUAUGAUACUGCAGAAGAGGCAGCUAUGGUUUAUGAUAAUGCGGCGAUAAAGCUUCGCGGACCGGACGCUUUAACAAACUUCACCGUUCCUCCAACGAAGGAUUCAUCGGCGGAGACCAACCCGGCGUCGGUUUCCGGCUAUGAUUCCGGGGACGAGUCGCAUAAUCUGUCUUCGCCAACUUCUGUUCUCCGGUUCAGGAGCAGUCUCCGUCCCGGUGAAGACGCUGAACCGAGCGGGUCGGGUCCGGUGCAAGAAUUGGGAAAUGAAGGCGAACCGUGUACUGGUUUGGAGGAUGCUCCGAACCGGCCGGCUUGUGAUGCCAGUCCGGCUGAUUUGCCGGUUCAUGAAGUGGAGGAGUGUCAAGGGGAGACGAGCAUGGUACCCGAUUACUCAAACGACUUCUUGCCUAUGGACAUUCCAUUUUUGGAUGAUUUCUUCAAUGUUCAAUCGCAAGACCAAAUGUUGUUUGAAGACAUCCCGACUUCUUCCAACUACGAUGAUUUCUCAAUGUCAUUAGACGAGUUCCCAAUCCUCAAAAACAGCUUCCAAGAGGCCGAAUUCGGAGAUUUUAAGGAUACGUUUCAAGAUCUUGGUUUUCUUGAAGUCGACAACUAUUUUCAAGACAUAAACGAUGUAGCUAGUGUUGAUCCUCUAUUAGUCCUAUAGUAUUCCUAGAGGGAAAAAAAAAAAAAAAAAGAGUCAAAAGUGUUACAUAGUUGGUUUGCCAAUUAACGGCAAAUUUUGUGUACCGACUAUCGGCUUGUAUUUUUAUUUAAAUAGAAUAAAAUAAUUUUUAGAGUGAAUAAA